CGGCCGAGCGUCGUGCUGGCCACUAGCCCCCUCAUUGGUGCUCGCUAACAGCAUCCGUUGCUGCCAACUGACGCUGUUAAAUGCUGCACGGGGGAUCUUUGUCUUUGUAGAGGAUCGUUAAAAAACGGGUCGAGGUUGGUUUAACCUUUGUGGAUGAGGACAAAAGAGGCAGUCUGGCAGCCCGGCUUGCCCGAGUUAAUAUUCAGCAGGCGACUCGCUCAGGGAGCAAAGGUCUCCCAACAUCACACCGCUGCUGCUGCUGCCGCUGCUGCUGCUGCUACGCGAACGCCGUGGAGGGACACAGAGGCCCUGAUUCUUGACACGAGAGCGCGGCAUGGCGAGCAGGCAGUGGCUCAAGAGGGGAUUAGGCCGCUGGAGAUGGCAUCGCCGCCCAAACGUCUCUGCGCUGGAGGACCGUCGGUCCGGAGCGCACCCUGUGGCAGGGCGCGCUCUGUCGUCUCGCAGCGAACCGCGUGACCCCUCCGGCAAGGCCAACAACUUUGCCGACUACGACUCCAUGCGGAGGGACUUCAGCUUGACCGUUCCGGACCACUUCAACUUUGCCGGCGACGUUCUGGAUAAGUGGGCGCAGAUCGAGGAGCAGCAGCAGGGCUUCGGUGAGCCCAAGCCGGCGCUGUGGUGGGUGGGCGCUGGCGGCGGAGACGGCGGGGAGGAGCGCUGGGGAUUCCGGGAGCUUGCCGAGCGCUCGCGCAAGGCGGCCAACGUCCUGACCGGCGCGUGCGGCCUCGGCAGAGGGGACCGGCUGCUGCUGGUGCUGCCCAGGGUGCCCGAGUGGUGGUUGCUGAACGUGGCCUGCAUCCGCGCAGGAGUCGUGCUCAUCCCCGGCACGGCGCAGCUCACGGCACGCGACGUGCGGAACCGCCUGCUGGCGUGCGGGGCGCGGUGCGUGGUCACGGACGAGUCGCUGGCUCCGCUCGUCGACCUCGUGCUGCCCGAGUGUCCGCGCGUCAGCUCCAGGCUCCUGGUCUCCGCGGCCGGCCGCAGGGACGGCUGGCUCAGCUUCCGCGACGAAUUCAGGGCGGCCUCGAGCCGUCACGAGUGCGUGAAGACCGACAGCAAGGAGGUGAUGACCAUCUUCUUCACCAGCGGCACGACGGGCUCUCCCAAGAUGACUGUCCACAGUCACGGCAGCUUUGGCUUGGGCUUGACCACGAACGGAAGAUUCUGGUUGGACCUCACUCCGGCAGACGUCAUGUGGAACACGUCGGAUACGGGCUGGGCCAAGUCCGCGUGGAGCAGCGUCUUCGCUCCGUGGACGCAGGGCUCCUCCGUCUUCGUGCGCGCCAUGCACAGAUUCGACUCCCGGACCGUCCUCAAGACGCUCGUCGAUUACCCCAUCACGACGUUUUGCUCCGCUCCGACCGCGUACAGAAUGAUGGUGCAAGAGGACGUGGCAAGCUUCAAAUUCCGGAGCCUGCAGCACUGCGUGAGCGCUGGGGAGCCCAUCAACCCCGAAGUCAUGGAGGCGUGGAAACGCACUACCGGCCUGGACAUCUACGAAGGCUACGGGCAGACAGAGACGGUCUUGGUAUGCGGGACGUUCAAAGGGAUGAAGAUAAAGCCUGGAUCCAUGGGAAAGGCUUCUCCAGGAUACCAAGUAGAGGUCAUUGACGAGCAAGGAGAAGUCGUCGCGGCUGGAGAAGAGGGUGACUUAGCCAUCCGGAUAAAACCACAGAGGCCUCCCUGGCUGUUCACGGAGUAUCUGGACGAUCCCCGGAGCAGUGCGGCGACGGAGCGAGGGGACUUCUACGUGACGGGGGACCGGGCGACUCGGGACCGGGACGGCUACUUCUGGUUCGUGGGCAGAGCCGACGAUGUCAUCCUGUCGGCCGGCUAUCGGAUCGGCCCCUUCGAGGUGGAGAGCGCCCUGAUCGAGCACCCGGCCGUGGUGGAAUCCGCUGUCACCAGCAGCCCCGAUCCGGUCCGCGGGGAGGUGGUGAAGGCCUUCAUUGUUCUCACCAAGGAGUACAAGUCCCGCAGCCCCCAGCCGCUCAUCGCCGAGCUGCAGGAUCACGUGAGGACCGUGACGGCACCGUACAAGUACCCACGCAAGAUCGAAUUCGUCGAUCAACUCCCAAAGACCGUGAGUGGGAAGAUACGGAGAGUGGAGCUUCGCAAGAAGGAAUGGGACAGGAGCUGAAUUCACGGUCCAUGGAAGACCUCCUGGCCGCAGAAGGAACCCCAUGAGAUAAUCGCAAAUAGAGUUGAUUUCACGGAGCAAGUCAACGCACAAACAGUCUUACCGCCUUUCCGCGUGCUCAGUUAAUCGUAAUACCGUGAGUACAUUGUUGUAGAUCGUUGUUAAUUAUAAAAAGCCAAUUACUAUGUUACCAAUAUAUUGUUCAGACAACGUGGUACUUUUUUUGUUUCAUUAACAAGGGAGACCCGCAGGCAAGUUGAUGAGAUGGCAACUUGAACACGCACACACACACUCACACACAGCGAGAACCAUCGUCUGCAAUGGUCAAUCCACUGCUGGAUGAAGGGGUCGCCAUCUCUCACCAUGCAACAAUCCACCCGGCACACGAAACGCGACGGGAUGCCAUCCAUCUCCUCUGUGGACGUCCUCUCCGAUCGGCGAGGGCCUUCACCAUUCUAAGCGUGCUGAUGAGUGUGGCAGCGGCCACGACGAUGGCUCUCAAAUUUUUCAAAUACCACGACAUGGGCCUGCUGCUGAAGUUGACAUCUGGCCUGGCGGGCGGUGCAGCCUUCAUGGUGCUCCUGACCGUGAUCUGCUUCGUGGUGUUCCUUGUCAACGUGGGCGGCUUCAACUCGUCCAUCGGAUUCUCGCUCGCGUGCGUGGCGAUGGGCAUCGAUGUGUCCACGGCGAGCCUGGCCAUCAGCCUCUACAAGAAGGAAAAUGCUGCUCAGCCCAGCGCUUAGCCACGCUCCGACCACAAGCUUAUGCAAUUUUGAAAAUCAUUUUUUUUAACAAAUUCACAACUAAGAAUGCAAUCAUGUACGUGACGAAAUAUGUCAAUAAAGUUUUUCAAACAAAA